ACGUAAUGUCGCACAUUUUCUUCACUCUCAUCUUCCACUUUUGUUCCCUUUCGGCGCUUAUUUCAGCAAUUUCCUUUAACAAGAUUCAACUGCCUGCAAAUGCGACGGGCCCUGAGGCGCUGGCUUUCGAGUUGGGUACCGGAACGUUCUACACCGGUGUAGCCGACGGUCGAAUUCUAAAAUAUCAGGGUCCGGCCUCUGGCUUUGUCGAUUUCGGAUUCUCUUCUCCUAACCGGUCGAAAUCGGUAUGCGAUGGCACAAGCGCUUCGAAUCCGAACCCAGUUUGUGGAAGGGUAUUUGGAAUGGCAUUGCAAUCCCGGACGAGAAGGUUGUAUGUCUGUGAUGUGUUUUAUGGGUUCGGAGUGUUGGGUCCGGGAGGAGGAUUGGUAACCAUACUUUCCACCGCCGCGGACGGCGAGCCUUACCGUUUUUGCAAUGCUGUCCACGUCCAUCAACAAACUGGAAAUGUCUACUUCGCUGAUGCCAGUUCUGUUUAUGGUAUAAGAGAGCUCCAAACUGCAAUAAGUGUUAAAGAUUCAACAGGGAGGCUGUUGAAGUACGACGUAAAAACCGAGCAAGUGACAGUGUUGUUCAGGAAUCUUUCGAGUGCAGCAGGGGUAUCAGUCGACGAAGAAGAGAGAUUCGCACUGGUUACCGAGUUCACUGCCAACAGGACUCGAAAGAUUCGGCUCCGGGGCCGUAGACCUUUCGAGUCCGAAAUCGUAAGCUCUCAGCCGACGCCGGGCAACAUCAAGACGACGAGAUUCGACAAUUUCUGGUUAGCAGCAGCAAGGGUGGAUCCAGUAACAAAGUCGAGUUUGUUGCCUAUAGGACAAAGGAUCAAUGGAAAUGGGAAUGUCUUACAAACAGUUAACCUUGAGCCAUGGUAUGGUAAUAAAUCAGUGAGUGAAGUUCAAGAGUAUGGUUCCCAGCUUUAUAUAGCAUCACGGCUGGUGGAUUUCGUUGGCGUUCUUCGGCGUUGAAGUAAUCCUGAAGCUGAUGAUGUUAAAAAGAGGGUAAAAUACACAAACAGUCCCCCAACUAUUUAAAAGUUACAAAAUAGUCCUUUCAUUAUAGGGCAUUCCUUGUUGAGUCACUCGAAUAUUAAAUUACAAAAUGGUCAUCCGACU